AUGUGAUGACCCGAAAUCCACACGGCUCGACCGCUCAGAGGAGGAAGCUGUACCGACACAGCUACCCUUGCCUUGUUUUUGCCUCUUUGGGCCUCCUGGGAGGCUCUCGUCGCCACGGCUGGAUCCUCUUGACAUCCUCGUCAGAGCACGCCCUGGGACAGGUCCGGGGAGUAGCGGCAUCGGUAUCUUUCUGUUUCACCAGUUGGCCUUUCAUGAAGACAGGAUCGUCUUUAGCUCCGUAGCCAUUUUGGCUCAAGCAGGGUGCCGCGCCCGCUGAGAAGGCCCCCGCGCCCCUCGGGGCCCGGGGGUGGGGGGGGGUCAGGGGGGGGGGGCGCGCGCGCGCGCGACCGCGUGAGGUCGGCCCUCCCGCGCCAUGGCGGGCUGACCUCCCGCGCCGGGCGGCGGUUGCCUCCGCGCCCUCGGGCCGCUGGAGGGUGCGGGCGUGAUGGCCCGACCCUUGUCCGACGAGGCCAGCCUGUGGCUCAUUGAGCUCACGGUGAUCUACAGCGUGGCCGCGCUCGCCGCACUCACCGCCUACGGCAACGCAAGCGUGCUGAUGCAGGGCCGCUGCGGCUCGGCCGUUCAGGCCCUUCAGGUGCGGCGGCAGGCCUCCGCCGAACGCUUCUACCGGUCGAGCUGCGCCCGAUGCCUCGGGCUCACGGCGAGGCACGGGCAGGCUCUGGGCUCCUUGGCGUACAUGACGACGGUGGUGGUGCCGUGCCUGCUGUACACCGCCACGCUGCUGGGGGGCGCGAUGAUCGCCCUCGCCGAAGGGUGGCGCUUCCAAGACGGCUUCAUGUACAUCUGGCAGGACGUGUUCAGCCUUGGACCGUACGUCUCGUUGCAGCCAGAGGGCGUGUUCGGGAUUGUGCUCGACCACUACGUGAGCCUAGUUGUGUUCGUUAUCACACAGAUCGUAUUGGGCUUCUGUGGAGGACUGCAGAUCGUCGGCGUCGUCCAGGAGGCAACAAGCAAGUCCGUUUCCGGUUUCGUGCGUAUCGUGUUUCUGUACAGCCCGAUUUCGAUGGCGUUCGUCUGCGUUUGUCAAGCUCUGGUUUUGACAUGGUUGGAAGGCUGGGACCUUCAGGACUCAAUGGGCUUCGUUGUAGGAACACUCUGCAAUGUUCAGGCUGGUCUCAGCGACGACAGUCCUCAAAACGUCAGCUCUUUGUUCUUGUGCUCUCAGUUCAUUGGCAUAACUAUGGCCGCUUCUGGGAUCGUGAUCCAGGUGGUCGGAUGCCACCUUGUCGUGGUCGAGUGUGUCACGCGCGUAAAUGACAUGGGGCUGGCCGUGGCCAUGGCCACCCCGAGGAUGUGGAGAAGAAAGGCUGGGCCGCCAGCCGAAUCAGAGGAUACCGUCUGUGAGGAGGAAGAGCCGGAGCGAGGCCCGGCGAACACCACGAGCCCCACGGAUGCGAAGCAGCAGUCGCAGCCGUCCUCUUCACAGUCGCAGGAGGAGCUGGCGAGCGUUCCCGCGAGCGUCAUCCCGCGGAUGCGCGCAGACUCUGACCAACAGCAUCUGGAGCCUCAGAAGCCGAGAUUGAAUUCGCCACCCGAGGAGGAGGACGCCGAAGUGCACAGUCUGAGACUGGCACUGGCUGCUUCCCAACAGCGGGAGCUGCAGCUGCAGCGCGAACUCGAGGCAGCGAGCGAGAGAAUAGCUGGUUUCGGUGGAGGGGCCCACGCUUCCCCACAGCCUGCCGCUGAGGGCUCGUGAGGCCAACUUCGCCUGCCCUGGGCGUCGUCCAUCUUCAUCGGCCCUUGCGAAGCCCACGUGGGCUCGCUGCUUGUUCGGGACGACCGAUACGCUCCGGCUUUCGGACAGGGUGCGAGGAGUGACAUUGCCACUCAGCGUCUAUAGCGCCAGGGCAGUAACAGUAAGUAGCGCAGGUAUUUUCUCGAGCGGCAGAAUCACUGCAGCUCCGUGUCAUCCUGUUCUUCCUUCCCUCCCUCCCUCCCUCUUGCAUUUUUCAUCUUUCCCUCCUCUCUCCUUCCCGUUUCAAUGUUGCUCCUGUUGUGAGUCUGCCAGCUAAGGCUUGCAGGUGUACGCGCGCGCACGGGAUUGUGCUCUUCUGGCGCUCUUGUGGGGUCAUUAUUGCGGGUGCCUCCACCGAAGUAUGAGGCCGUGUUUGCAUGCAUGAGUUGUGCGCCCCGUCUUUGUUCUUGUCCUCCUCCUCCUCCUCCUCCUCCUUCUGCAUGUGCUCCGCCAGCCAGCGUGAGCUCGCGUGCACGCUGUGUCAAGGCAGCGCACACUGUGCACCAUGCUGUGAGGAAGCGCAGUGAACGAAAAACAAAAAAAG